GAGUCCGUCGCACCCGUAGGCGGCAGCGCGGAGCAGGCAGUCGGCGGCGCGCGGCACCAUGUCCCCGGGCAGCGGGGUGAAGAGCGAGUAUAUGAAGCGCUAUCGGGAGCCGCGCUGGGACGAAUACGCGCCGUGCUACCGCGAGCUGCUGCGCUACCGCCUGGGCCGCCGGCUGCUGGAGCAAGCGCACGCGCCCUGGCUCUGGGACGCCUGGGGCCCGGACAGCCCCUCGGACAGCUCGGCUUCACCCAGUCCGGCCCCCAGGGGCGCGUUAGGGGAGCCCUCGGCGCCCUCCGCGCGGGAGGAGGAGCAGCCGGUGGGGGAGCGCGGCGCGGAGCUGCGGGACGCGGAGGAGCAGGACACAGUGUUACCAGCACCACCAAAAAAGGACACGGAAGAGAAACCCGAAGAACACAAGACAAAAGAGACUGAUGGGGCACCCAGUGGCCCUGGACCGCGGCAACAGCCUAGUGCCUUAUGUGCCAGAGGAAGUAAGAAAGCCACCAGAAGCCCACAGAGAUCGACGAGCAAGAUAAAAGAGAACAAGCACCCGUUUGCUCUUUAUGGCUGGGGAGAGAGACAGAUGGACAUGGGAAGCCAGAAGACACACAACGUCUGCGCGUCAGCCUCUGUGCACGAGAUUCAUGAAUCAGCACUUCGAGCCAAGAAUAGAAGACAGGUGGAGAAAAGGAAGCUGGCUGCCCAGAGGCAGCGGGCUCACUCGGUGGACGUGGAAAAGAACCAGAGGGUAAAGCCGGCGUCUGCCGAGAACCCAUGGCUGACAGAGUAUAUGCGGUGCUACUCAGCGAGGGCGUAGCCCCGGGGCCAUCCUCUUUCGAGUGUUCACACAAGAAAAGGAAAACAAAGACUGGCAACUGAGACCACACACGGGUGGAAGAAACCAACUGUUCCUGCAAGCCCCUCCCCCUUAGGAAAUUCCAAGAGAUGGUUUUGCUCUCAUGAUGGUUGGUCACCUGCCUUAGUAGUGGGACAGACCAUGGAAGCCAUAGAUGCUGGCUUGUUUAUGAAGACAAGUCCCCAAGUCUUGAUAUUCUUGUAAGAGUUUUUAUUGUAAAGAUUUUGCUCUUUGGAGAUACCCACACCGAGUGCCUUUAACCGGCUCUAGGCGCUUCCCACCCACCCCUCCUGUAGUCCAGUCAGAGCUGCUCUUUUUCAUCAGCUCCACAUUCCACAGCUGGCAGGGUGUCCUGUCCACUGUUCAGGACUCACCGUGCAGUUCGCCAUGCACGGAGCCAAGGAAGGCAGGUAUGGAGAUCCGGGCUGUUCUGAAAAGCCAGAGCUUUGGCGGCUGCGGACCGAUUACACUUGAUAGGUUUUGUUUCAUCUCGUCUUCAUAUAGACAGUGAGACUUCAGGAUUUUCUGGCCAGAGCGAGGGUCACCUUUUCUCCCUAAGUCAUCCCUUAGACGUUCAUUUAAUGCAUAGUUUAAUAGUUCUGGAACAUUCCAGUGAGCGACACGCAGAGAGCAUGUUCAGAGCAACGAUGACGUUUCUUUUGAGUCACUUUCCUUUAACUGCAGUUGGCUGCUUAAGUCUGACCGCCAUUCCUCUCUUCUAAGAGAGAUAGCGGAUGAAGAUAUUGAGAAGUUGUAAUCUGCAGUGACAUUUAAUGAACUGGGUUUGUUUGGCCUGUGGGGAUGGGACCAGCAGACACCGUUAGGGUGUCCUUGCCUGCAUCAUGCCCUCCUUUUACAGAACUUAAUGACGGCUUUGUGCACAGUGCUGAUGGUCUAGGUUGAAAACCUGGCUGCUUGAUCGCUGGCCCGAUGAUCUUUGCUGCCAUACUGUGGGAGAAUUUCGGGCAGGUGCUGGCCUGAUGGUAAUGUUCGUUCUUCCUUUAAUAGGGAACCACUGUCAGGGUUUUAAAAAAGAGGUUUUAAAGAACACGUGUUUCCGUGAGAUGGGUGCCUUGGCCGCCGUGCAGAAGAGACUCCCAGAAGGAUGAGCACCGUGUUCUUCUGGAGAGAUGGGGAGCUCUUUUGCCUGCACCCACGCAGCUUCUGAGCCUGCUGGGUAAGACCCAGUGUUGGGUGUGUGGCUGAGCAUUCCCGUGAUAUUUUUACUUUGGGUUCUUGAGUAUGAUAAUUUCUAGAAUGCAGACUGACUUCAUUCCACGUGAGACUGUCACACGAUGUCAUCUGAAAACUGUAUCAAGCUUUGAAAAUGCACACUAAAGAAUUUUUUUUUUCUAAAAAAAAAAACCACUUUUAAAAUAUUUGCCUAGUUUUGUACAGUCCCCAUUCAUGUACAGAGCCCUCCCUCUGAGGUGUAUAUUUAAUUAAAGAGUAAGUUCUACAUGUUGUCCAAAUACAGCCUUGCUAGUGAUAACUGUGUUAACUACAUAGUCCCCAAAUGUUGCGUAAUCAGGGUGAUUGGCACAGUAGCCCAGGUUGUUGAGAAUCACUCUUUGUAAAGCCAUGCCUUGAAAGCCUGCAUUCCCUACAUCGUCAAACAGCACCCGGCAAUCUCAGAAAGACAGGUGGGGGAGGGACACAGGACCCCCCCCAACCCUGGCCAUCAGACUUGCUCAGAAAACAGAUGUGCAUCCUUUUGCAUACGUGUGUAGAAGUGCAGGCCGGGGUGUGCUGAGAUGCCUGGUGGUGUCUUUACCAAAUUACCCGCCCCUCCCCUUCUCAGAACAGGGUUUGUCUGUGUAGCCCUGGCUGUCCUGGAACUCUGUAGACCAGGCUGGCCUCGAACUCAGAGAUCCGCUUGCCUCUGCCUCCCAAGCACUGGGAUGAAAGGCAUGUGCCGCAUUCUUUUUACACAGAGCACAAACGAUCAGGACUUUGGAGAACAUUCAAUGUUCAUACCUCGCAAAUAAAGUCAGUAUGAAUUAGUGGUGACUCCCCACACCUGAGUCCCUAAUGUUUAGGGUUCAAAUUUUCUCCUUUAAAAAAGACGGUGAUUACUUUUUGAACCUAUGAGAAUUUUAAUUAAUUGAUUUUAACUUUUUCCUAUUCUAGGAGCAGUGAAAUAAUUUAAAAUUAACUUCUAUGCUGGAAACAUCUGAAAAUGUUUGAGAAUCCAGUCAUAUUUAAAAUAAACGACAUACAAGUCUUUUUUAAAAACCUGAUUUUAAGGUCUUAAUUAAAACCGUUUUCUGUAAGCGUUUUCAUUUUCUGUGCUACUUUUACUUGAGAAUUAAACAGAAUAUUGAACUAAA